UAGCAGGGGGGGAAACUGACGGAUGGCUGAUUUAGUGACAAAUAACGGCGCGGUGGCUUAUGACUGAACGUCUGCAGAACGAUGAUAAGUAUAUAUCGCUGGGGUGCAGUGUGAGUGAGCCCGUCUGGGCAGCAGUGGCCUAUCCCUGAGGUGCACAGACGUCUGGAGUCUGCGGAAGCUGCACUGCCUUUUUUUUUUUCCUUCUUCUUUUCUUUAGCUGAUCAGAGGCGCGUCUCUGUUUUAAAUUUGUCCCCUACAUCAGUGGAAAUCAACCAAUGCGGGUUUGUUUCAGAGAAGAAACAGGUUCGUGUUUUGUUCAUUAUUGCACUGGUUUGAUCCAACAGCCACUGCGCUGUAGUAUAAACAAUGGCGGGUCCCGAGCAGUCCCAGCAGCAGCAGCAGGUAGAGGAGAAGGCAGAGCACAUAGAUGAUGCUGAGAUGGCCCUGCAAGGUAUUAACAUGCUGCUCAACAACGGAUUCAAAGAGAGCGACGAGCUGUUCAGGAGAUACAGGACCCAGAGCCCACUGAUGAGCUUCGGGGCCAGUUUCGUCAGUUUCCUGAACGCCAUGAUGACAUUCGAGGAGGAGAAGAUGCAGACGGCCUGUGACGACCUGAGGACCACUGAGAAGCUUUGUGAGAGCGACAGCGCCGGGGUCAUAGAGACAAUCAGAAACAAGAUUAAAAAAAGUAUGGACUCUCAGAGGUCAGGCGUGGUGGUGGUGGACCGCCUACAGAGACAGAUUAUUGUCGCUGACUGUCAGGUGUACCUCGCUGUGCUGUCCUUCGUCAAACAAGAACUUUCAGCUUAUAUCAAAGGAGGCUGGAUUCUACGUAAGGCGUGGAAAAUGUACAAUAAGUGCCACAGUGACAUCAGCCAGCUGCAGGAGGCCUGUCAGCGGAGGUCCUCUGUCCACCAGGAGUCCCUUUCAACGGACAACGCCAACCACAACGCUCCAGUGGAGAACUGCGUGACGACCGAGGCCCUGGAUCGCCUCAAGGGCUCCGUCAGCUUCGGCUACGGCCUCUUCCACCUGUGCAUCUCCAUGGUACCGCCACACCUGCUCAAGAUCAUCAACCUGCUGGGUUUCCCUGGUGACCGUCACCAGGGCCUGUCCUCCCUUAUGUAUGCGAGUGAGAGCAAGGACAUGAAGGCACCGCUAGCUACGUUGGCCCUCUUGUGGUAUCACACAGUAGUGCUGCCUUUCUUUGCUCUGGAUGGCUCUGAUACACAUGAGGGGCUGCUGGAGGCCAAAGCUAUUCUGCAGAGAAAGUCUGUGGUUUACCCCAACUCAUCCCUCUUCAUGUUCUUUAAAGGACGGGUUCACAGGCUAGAGUGCCAUAUCAACAGUGCUUUGGCCUGUUUCCAUGAUGCAUUAGAGCUUGCAUCAGACCAAAGAGAGAUCCAGCAUGUGUGUCUCUAUGAGAUUGGUUGGUGUAGCAUGAUAGAGAUGAAUUUUGAAGAUGCGUACAGGUCGUUUGAAAGGCUGAAGAAUGAGUCGCGUUGGUCGCAGUGCUACUAUGCCUACUUAACCGGCGUGUGCCAGGGUGCUGCGGGUGACCUGGAUGGAGCGAGCGGAGUUUUCAAAGAUGUUCAGAAGCUGUUCAAGAGAAAAAAUAACCAGAUAGAGCAGUUUGCUGUCAAAAGGGCUGAGAGAUUGAGAAAGAUCUCGCCCACCAGAGAGCUAUGCAUCCUCGGUGUAAUUGAAGUGCUGUAUCUGUGGAAAGCCCUUCCAAACUGCUCCUCAUCGAAACUGCAGAUAAUGAAUCAGGUGUUACAGAGUUUAGACGAGGCUUCGUGCAGAGGCCUGAAAAACCUUCUUCUUGGUUCCAUCCACAAAUGUCAUGGAAAUAUGAGGGAUGCUAUUCAGUCAUUCCAACUGGCUGCUAGAGAUGAGUACGGACGAGCAAUCAACUCGUACAUUCAGCCCUAUGCUGUCUAUGAGCUUGGAUGUAUACUCCUUGCCAAACAGGAGACUGUGGGGAAGGGGAGAUCAUUACUACUUCAAGCCAAGGAGGAUUUUACAGGCUACGACUUUGAGAACAGGCUUCAUGUCCGCAUCCAUUCAGCUCUGGCUACUUUGAAGGAAGUAGUGCCUCAGUGACUCUAGGAAGGGAAGCUACAAUUGCUAAAGCUAUGCCCAUGGCGUUUUAAGUUUUAAGCCAUUCAAAAUCACUGUUUGGCAUCCCAGUGAACAGACUCCUGUGUUUUUCAUUGUUUAAUGAUUUGGGGAAAUACACUUGUUAUCCUAACCAGUCAGAUUGAUAUAAAGUGUCAUCUCUGUGCAUUUUGUAUGGAGAUAUAAUAUGGCAUGUGCUCAUAAUAGCUUCGGACAAUGUAGAUAGAAAUGGCUAGGCUAGCUGUGGCUAGCGAAUUAAAAUCAAUAGCUAAAACUUAGACUGUCUUGUUAGUCUUGUUAACUUUUGUACACUACAAAGCAAUUGCUGGUGACAUAACUAUUUCAGUUGCUUGGGGGAAAAAACCUAGAUUGUAUAAAAGAAGUGGAGGUAGGUUUGUGGGCUACUGUUUUGAAGCCUCAAGACUAGUGUUAGCUGGUGCGCUAGCACUAACUUAGAUGCUAAUUUUGGCUAGUGAAAAACAGGGUUCUUACUGAAAAAACAAACAAAAUCAGCGACUCCUUAGUGUCUGUAAGUUCAGCCCAAUGCUGAACUAGAAAACAGACAACGUAAAUGUUGCAAUUAACUUUCAUGGACGAAAAAUACAUUAUUAAACAUGUGCACUGUGGUAGGUACUUCAAUCAAUCACAAGGUAGCCAUUCCCUUAAGCAUACCCUUUUUAUUGUCUGUUUUUACUCUAAAUUAAACUGUAAUUUGGGAAAUGAACAUCAUGCUAUAUUAAAAAAUACUUGAAACAAACAAUUGAGACCAUAAACAAAUGUUUACUGAGGUCAUAAAACAAGUGAGAAGUAGGCUUAUUUUCUCAUAGACUUCUAUACAAUCUGACAUUCUUUUUGCAACCAGUGGAGUCAAACCCUGGCCUGUUCUAAAGAGAAUAUACACAGAGAUGAAAUUAAUAUCUCAAUCUUGACCCGAGGCAAAACAACAAACAAGCAUAUAUUCCCAAAUCCCUAACUGUUCUUUUAAGUGUUUUCUGCACCCAAAUGUAUUAGCUAGCUAGUAACAAUUUCCUCAUUGUGUAUUUGGAGGACUUCAGUAAUGCCUCCCCUUAUCCCCCUGCAGUGAUUAAUUCAGCACAUAAAAGUAACAUUUUAAUGAGAUCAUAUUUCCCCUUAAUGGUAACUUCACAAUGAGUAAUAAAAGGUACAGUUAUUAGUGUUUUUCACAGUCUUUAGAAACAUGCAGAUGACAUUUGAGCAGCUUCAAAAAUAAUCACAUAUCAUGAAAAAAAGAUAAAUAUUAGUCAAUUUAAUAUUUGAAUUUAUAUAUUCUUACAAAGGACUCAUGGGGUUAUUUUAUUCAGUGGCUAUUAGAUAUGUAGUGCUUUUCCUAAUUCAAUUUUCAGACAUCUGCUUGUCAAACUGCAAAUAAUUUUGAAUCAUAUCACAAAGGGGCCACUUACUAUAUUCACAAUAGAAAUAAACUGACAAACUUGUAGUCGAAUUAGUAACCAUGGGAGCAGUUAAACGACUUAUUAAAAAAAUGUCACUAGUCACCUUAAAUCACAUAUAGUUACUCAACAACUUGGCUUCUGUGAGUUAGUUAUUCACAUUAAAGUAGUUAGACAUCAUACAUAAUUGAGAAAUCACCACACUUCACAAUGCCCUGAUGUUUUUUUUAUGUGGAAACACCGGGCAUUGAUCCUGUGCACUAUGCAUGGUAUGGCAGGGUAACAGUGGCUUUAAGACUGUAUUGAAGUCAAAUGUACCUGUAUGUCCAUCCCUGCAAAUAAUACGUAUAUAAAGUAUUUUAAUACAGUACAUUCUGUACUGUAAUGUUACCAUUGAAAGGUGCUGUUAAAUGUCAGCCUAAUAAACAUAUAUUACUAGUGACUUAUUUUAAUAGUGUUUUAGUGAUAUAAGCUUUUGAAUUAGUCCAUAAUAGUGAUAAGUUUAUUUACUACAUAAAUAUAGUGUCAUUUACAGUAUGCUUUUUAUUUUUAUUUGAAUCCUGUGGUGACCAGCAGGACAGACUGCAGUGUUGUGAUCAAGCCGAUUCAAAAGUACGACCUUGAAUUGGACAAAAUAAUAUUUCUGUGAUAAGAGUCAUUUUCACAAACUUUCUUAACACAGUUCCACACUGUACAUACAAAUCAUUCUGUGCAGGGUAUUGCCUUUUAAUCAAUGAGCACUCUAUUUGUCAUGCGAGCAAUAUAAGUGAAAAGAGGGCAUCUUACAGCCAUUUACAGAGGCUUUCAACAAUGACUAUCUGUGUUUUUCAUCCCAUGUUCAAGGUUGUGGACAUAUAGAUUUGUUUUUGCUCAUGCUUAAACUGGUUUCACAAAGCCAGUCAUCCCUUGUGGCUGUGAUGGAUGUAAACUGUGGUAAAUGUUGAGGUGACCACUGUCUAAGUGGUCGUUGCAAGUAACGUAUAACGGUGAAAUGUCAGUAACCUACCUGCUGUACCAAAUACUUCUGUCACUGAGAGAUUUUUUUUCCUUUUGUCAUGAGAUUUUUGUUGAAAUUGCGGUUACAUGUCAGGAUGAUGGUGUUUCCAAUGUGUCACUGAAUUCUACAAUAAACUGUUCUCCAUUGA